AUGGGUCGCGGCUUUCUCAACGCGGCCAAGUCCGCAUCGAAUGUCAUAGCCGUUAAUAAGAAAUAUACCCUUCAAUCCGUCGGAGUAUGGGAACGGCUCCGCCGUAUCUUUUCCAUCGAACCCAACCGUUCAACCGGUGUGCCAUUGAAUUCUCAGUUUCGAUUGCCGACCCCUGGCUCCCUGCCUCCGCUUAGCUAUGAUGACCCGGUCACUGUACCGGCUGGCGAUAUUGCCGACAACCCGUACUGGAAGCGCGAUGUUCGGAGGAGUUACCCCCGGCUCAGUACCGUGAACCAGGCCGAUGCCGUUGGUCUUCUCAGCGUUGGUAGCCAAGCAGCGCCCAAGGAUGAUGUUUUGCAAGUCGGCGAGGCCGGAGAGAAGCAGCUAGUCUCGGUCAAGCAACAGGGGGAACAGCGUGGCUUGGCCGGCCUGUUCGAAAAAGACAAUAAGGGCAUCAAAAGCGUCCUGGGUGCCAAUGGUUUGCCGCCAAUGCCCUGCAACUUGAAUUCCUCGGCCUCGAAGUAUCAGCUAGGCGAUGACCACGGCUACCCUGAUGUCUACCCUUGCCGUACCUUUGUUUAG